CGCAAAUCAUUCAUGAAUAACCACAAUAACCGCGAAAAAAAAAUAAAUCACUUUCAAAUGAAUUUUCAUGACCUGAAUUAUGCACGGCUUCUGCAGUACAACGCGUGUUAUGAUGCAAUGCCGGCCAGUUCGAAAAUGGUCGUUUUCGAUGUAAAUUUGCAGCUGAGGAAAGCAUUCAAUGGUCUCAUCUAUCAAAAUACUCGACAUGUGCUGUUGUCCGAUCCGGAAUCUGAUGGAUCGGUUGUUGGGAUUCUAUCGGUUACUGACUUCAUACGUCCAUUGGCAAUCAUUUCUAUCAAUGUUCACAUUUGUCAAUGUGUUUUUGUCGAGUCUUUAAAAUACAAAACGAACCAACCAAGUAUUUUCAAUUUCCGAUCUAUCAUUCAUCAUUGCAAUUUUCUUUGCAACCUAAACGAA